ACACACUAAAAGGUGGCUGACUGAAGGUGCUUUUUAAAAUUGUUCAAGAGGGACAUGUGAAAAGGACAUUCUUUCAAAACAUUUUUCUACUGGACUCUCAUCUUUUUCCUCAGCUGAACACAGACAGGAACGCUGACAUUUCUGUAUAAAAAAUGAAGACAAAGAAAUUCCUGAUUCUCAUCUUGAUUGGUGUGCUGAUUGUUUGUAGUGUGUUUUCAGCUCCACAUCUGAGGAAAUAUGACACUGAACAAAAGGAAGAUUAUCGUGUACAACAUGGACACGGCAGCAGCGGACCCUCGGGAGGUGACGGCAGCAGCAGCGGACCUUCAGGAGGCGACGGCAGCAGCAGUGGACCCUCGGGAGGUGACGGCAGCAGCGACGGACCCUCGGGAGAAGACGGCAGCAGCAGACCCUCGGAAGAGACAGAAAGAAGCAAUAACCAGCGAUUGCAGCGGGAAUUAAAUGAACUUCAGAAGAAAUAUGACACUUCACAAACUCCGGAGAACCAAGCGGAGCAGGGACGCUUUUUCGAAGUUUGUUCAACUGAGAAGAUUGUUUCGAUUGUUUUGGGUCUUUCAUUACUUGUGUCACUGAUCAUCAACUUUGUGUGCUGCUUCAAGAUCAGAAAGAGAGAUCAUGGAAGGAGGCAUUAUGACCCUUCAAAUGAGGACCGGUAUCAAUUUGUAAACGACCCUUCAAAUGAGGACGGGUAUCAAUCUGUAAACGAGACAGAAAGAAGCAAUAACCAGCGAUUGCAGAGGGAAUUAAAUGAACUUCAGAAGAAAUAUGAUGCUUUAAGAAAAGAGAAAAAGCAAGGCAAACAUGAAAGUUUAGGAAAGGCGAUUGACUUGAAACGGGAUUGUGAUGAAAUUCGAAAGAAAUUCAAUGCAGUGGGAUAUGUUGCAGAAAGAGAAUGGAGUAGCAUAGUUAAAGCUCAAGCUAAAGUGACCCUGAACCCUGACACAGCCAACCCCAGCCUCACAGUCUCUCCGGACGGCUCACAAGUGAGAUUCAAAGGGGAGGGAUCAGCAGAGUGGCCCAGUGUGCUGAGCAGGGAGGGGUUCACCUCCGGGAGGCACUACUGGGAGGUGGAGGUGGGGGAGAAGGGCUACUGGGCUCUGGGCAUCUCCACAUACCUUGAUGAGAAGAUCAUACCUGAGAAACCAGAGGAGGGCUACUGGCUUCUGAGGCGGUGGAAAGGAAAUAUGUAUGAAGCUGUGAGCCAGUCCCUAGUCCCUCUUACACUGCAACACAAGCUCUAUAAAGUGGGGAUGAUUCUGGACUAUCAGAAAGGAGAGUUAUCAUUUUACAAUGUUUAUGAUGGUAGUACGAGAUAUGAAAUCCACACUUUUAACUACAAAUUCACUGAGGUCUAUCCUGUCUUCAGCCCAGGGUCUCACGAUAGAGGACCUUUGAAAAUCACCAGAUUUAAGUCUGGUGAUGGCAAUCCCAACUUGUAAAGACAACUUUACUGAGGUCAGUCCCAUCUUCAGCUCAGUGUCUCACGAUAGAGGACCUUUGAAAAUCCAACUUAGCUAAAUUGCUAAACAUAGAUUCUUAUAGUUUUUAAUUUUCAGGUAUAAAAAUUAAAUUGCUAAUUAAAUGCAAGACUAAUUUGAGAUCCCUUUCAAUCAGGUCAGACUAACCAGUCAAGCCUCAUUCUCACCUGGCUGGCUUGGUUAGUCUGACUGACGGGAGGGGAACCUUAAAGCAUGUGGGAAUGUGGUCAAGCUUAAUUAAUUAAUUAAUUAAUUAAUUAAUUAAUUAAUUAAUUAAUUAAUUAAUUGCCAAUUUAGCCUGACCAUAUGUAUAAAGGAGGAGCUGAUUGUUCAGCAUGGGUGAAAUAUUGUUUUGUUUUUGUAACAAUGUUUUUGGCAACGCUGAACCUCUGGGCUGAUUGCUUGAUCGGAUUAUGUGGAGGUGGGGAGGAAUAUCAUUGUUGCACAGGGUGCAGUGCACAGUGCAAUGCUAAUAUGGUUCCCCAGUAGUUAUAUGGAUGCUGAUUUAUAAUAAACUGAAAUCAUUUUUAUUAUGUGUUAAUGUCUAAAAUGCUGGCCUCUUGUUAAAUACCAAAAGACUGGGGUUCUGGAACCGAUCUAAAUAUUUUCCUUGAUUAAACCUCUUUGUGUUGA